UCUGGCUCGGCUGCCAGGAAAAAACCCGAAAGCCCCGUGGAGGACUCUGGUUCCCCAUCUGCUCCUGCUCUGAUUGUGCCAGCCCAUCCAGCCAAAGGCCGAAAACAGCUGGCAGCCGGUGAGCUCAUCCUGGGAAAAGGUGUGGCGGAAGAGACAUCUAAGUCUGGAGUGGGUGUGGAAAGUGUGGCAGGAGAAGAGAAGGUGCCCCACAAACGGAGAAAGUUUUCCAUUUUGAAAAACAGUGUCUUGAGGAGGAAAGUGCCGGCCCUCCCACAUCUGGAUGGCCAAAAUCUGGGGAAGGGAGCUGUGACCAAGAAGGAGGAACUGGCCAAACAUGGAAAGAAGGUGUUGGAGACUAAGAAAAUUAAUACUAGCAGCACUGUUGCCAAGCCAGAAAUUCCAGGCCCAGAGACAAACUUCAGUGUAGACCAGCCUAGUUUGAUCCAUCAUGCCAAGAAGAGACCAGUGAAGGGAGAUAUUGCUACUCACAGGACAAAAGCAAAGCAAGGAUAUAUCAUUGUACAAAGGAAUGCUACUCAGGCCCAGACCAGAAGAGUGCCAGGUCUUACACAGAGAAAUGAAAGCCAGGCACACUCUGGUCUUGCUGAUAAAAGUGCAAUCAGGAUAAAAGAAAGAAAAGAGGCCAGGGUUCUCCACAGCAAUGUUAGUCAGGCACUGUUGCCGAAGGAGAACCUUCCUCCCCAAAGACAUGCCAACAAACCCUCAUCAAGAAGGGAUCACAGCAUCCAACACAGAAAUGCCAGCCAUACACUGAUGUGGAAGGAGCAUCAUGUCCUCACAAGGAACAGCACUCAGGCCCAGGGAGCAAAGGAAACCAGGUUUCUCCACAAAAAUUCCAGCCGCACCCUAACAGGAAAACAGCAUAGCCUGUCCUCCACUAACAUCAGUUGGAUAUCACCAGGACAAAAACAGGUUAUAUUCCAGAGGAAUGGCAACCAGACACAGACAAAUAAGAAGUUCAGUCACAAAAAUGAUAGCCGGGUGCUGGAGGGGAAAAAGCCUGGCACCACACACAGGAAUACCAGCCAGGUUGAAGCCAGGAAGGGCCCAAUAUCUUUCCACAAGAAUGCCAGCUGGGCUGUGCCACAAACAAAGCUCACCCCUUCCUUCAAGGGUGCCAACCAGUCACUGCCAAGAAAGAGACACAACACCCACCAAAGGAAUAUUAGCUGGGCAGAGGUUAACAAGGAGCACAAACCUUCUCAGAGGAAUACCAGCUGGGCACUGCCAAGGAAAGACUCCAGUUCCUCCCACAGAAAUGUCAGCCGGAAACCAGCGGGGGCAAAAUAUAGUGCCCCCCACAGGAAUAGUGGCCAGAUAAGGGCAGAAAAAGUGGCUAGUAUCUCAUUCAGGCAUGCCACCCACACAGAGACUGUGAAAGAGCAAAGACCUUCCCGCGAGAAUGUCUUCCAAGCAGGAACACCAAGAUGGCGUCUUACAGAACCAAGAGAAAGGGGUGAACCCAUUAUGCCAUCCUUGCCUACAACUUGCCUGCUUUCUGAACAUGCUAUCGCUUGUGGUAAUGCCCGCUUGAAACACGUGCCCAGACUGAGUGAUUCGGCACUCAAAACCCUCUAUCUGGCAGAGAAUGAGAUCACCAGUAUCCCAGCUGGGAUUUUCCUGGGACUGCCUAACCUAGAAUGGUUAGAUCUCAGCAAGAACAAAUUGGAUUCUGAAGGCUUGCACCCAGGAGCUUUCAAGGACCUCACCAAGCUAAAGCGCCUGAAUCUGGAUGGGAACCAGCUGACCAAAAUCCCAGCCCUACCCAGUUCUCUACAGGAGCUAAAGCUGAAUGACAAUAAUUUGGAAGGUCUGCAGAGGCACAGUUUCCAAGGACUUUUUAAGUUACUUACCCUGGAGCUGGAGGGGAACCAGCUGCACGAUGGGAAUGUGCUUCCUACCACUUUCAAACCCCUAGGUGGACUUACCUACCUGCGACUAGACCACAACCGCUUCCGGGCCAUCCCUUCCGGUUUGCCUCCAUCCUUGCGGGAGCUGCACCUCGAUUCCAACCACAUUGAGGAAGUAGCUGAGAGUGUCCUGAACAAAACAGUGAACCUCACAGUGCUGGUACUAAGCAACAACAAACUGCAGGAAGAUCGUAUUGCUCCACGUGCCUGGAUAGACCACCCGAAGUUGGAGGCUUUGGAUCUGUCUCACAACCUCCUGGUACACGUGCCCUCGUUCCUGCCCCGACACUUGAAGCAGCUGACCUUGCAUCACAACCGCAUAGAACGCAUCCCAGGCUACGUUUUUGCCCACAUGAAGCCGGGCCUGGAAUUUCUGCACCUCUCACACAAUGUGUUGCGGGAUGAUGGAAUCGAUGCGGUCUCCUUCCUGGGGCUCCACCACUCUCUGGCUGAACUGCUCCUGGAUAACAACCAGCUCCAGUCCAUACCCCGUGGCAUCUUGAACCUGAGGGGGCUACAGGUUCUGCGUCUGAGCCACAACCGCAUCAGGCAUGUCCCCCUGAACUCUGUCUGUGACACCCGGGUGGCAGAGGACUCAAACAUUGUGUCCAUGCACCUGGAGAACAACUUGAUUGACCGCCGCCGCAUCCCUCCCACGGCCUUUUCCUGCAUCAAAGCCUAUCACAGUGUGGUGCUGCGGCCCCAGCAGAAUGAAGAGGAGGACUAUUAAAGAAGGAACUCUCUUUGACAGGCCAUUCCUAACAACUGGGAGAGCGAGAUUGCUGCAAACAGUGAGGUCAAAAAAUGUCCCCUUCUGGGCUUGGGGAGAGGCUUUAUGGCUGCUCUUCUGGUUCUUACACUGCCACAGGGGCAAGAAACAAUGCGCCUGCCCAAACUCCUUACUUUUUUUCCGUACGUAUUGUUUCACGCUCCCUCCUUCUUUGAGGUGUACAAGUGUGAGAGCAGCCCUUUAAAUAGUGGGAGGUGGAGUUGUAAUGAGAGAGUAUUGGAAGUACUGUUGUAUGUUUUUGUUCUAUUCUGUCUGUUUCCAGAUAUAGAAGGUGGAAAUGGGAGAUCAGCCAAGCACCAAGCCAAAUAAUGCCACCCUAUAAAGUGACAUCGGUUUUCCCCUACAGUGAGGCAUAUGUCCUUAAAUCCUCCUACACGUCCCACCAUGACA